GAAGUUGCUACCUGACCAGCGACGGCAUGAUCGUUAUCAUCGAGAAAGAUGGCGACUAUCGAAAUACCGCUGAGAGACACUGACGAGGUGAUAGAGCUGGAUCUGGACCAGCUGCCAGAAGGAGAAGAAGUCAUGGCAAUCCUGCGCCAGGAACACGCACCUCUCCAUAUUUGGGUCACAUUGGCACUUCAGUACUACAAGCAGGGUGAUGUCGAUGAUUUUGUUAAGAUCCUGGAAGGUUCACACACAGAUGCCAACUUGCAAUACAAAGAAUACGAAAAAGAUCAGAUGAGGGCACUAGAUACAUUGGCUGCAUACUAUGUACAGCGAGCACAUAAAGAGAAGAAUAAGGACAGGAAAAGGGAGCUAUUUACACAAGCAACUUUACUCUACACAACUGCUGACAAGAUCAUCAUGUACGACCAGAACCAUUUGUUAGGCCGAGCAUACUUCUGUCUCCUAGAGGGAGAUAAGAUGGAUCAAGCUGAUGCUCAGUUCAACUUUGUAUUGAAUCAGUCGCCAAGCAACAUUCCAGCUCUGCUUGGUAAAGCGUGUAUUGCUUUUAACAAAAAGGACUAUAGAGGAGCACUAGCAUUUUACAAGAAAGCGCUUCGAACCAACCCCAAUUGUCCAGCGGCUGUGAGGUUAGGAAUGGGCCAUUGUUUUAUAAAACUUGGAAGCAAGAUAGAGAAAGCUAGGUUGGCAUUUGAAAGGGCUUUACAGCUUGACCCACAGUGCGUGGGGGCGCUAGUGGGCUUAGCUGUUCUACAGCUGAACACCAAGUCACCGGAUGGCAUUAGAAAUGGAGUGCAAAUGCUCUCUCGAGCAUACACCAUUGACUCGACCAAUCCCAUGGUGCUCAAUCAUCUCGCAAACCACUUCUUCUUUAAAAAGGACUAUAGCAAGGUGCAGCAUCUGGCACUGCAUGCUUUCCACAAUACUGAGAAUGAAGCCAUGCGAGCUGAGAGCUGCUACCAACUGGCCAGGGCCUUCCAUGUGCAGAGUGACUACGACCAAGCCUUUCAAUACUACUACCAGGCAACCCAGUUUGCUGCUGUCUCCUUUGUUCUGCCUUUCUUUGGACUUGGUCAGAUGUACAUAUAUCGAGGAGACUCAGAAAACGCAGCACAAUGCUUUGAGAAAGUAUUAAAGGCUCAGCCUGGAAACUACGAAACUAUGAAAAUUUUAGGUUCUCUGUAUGCAAAUUCGCCGAGCGAAGCAAAGCAGGAAAUCGCAAAGAACCACCUUAAGAAAGUAGCUGAUCAAUACCCGGAUGAUGUCGAAGCUUGGAUUGAACUUGCACAGAUUCUCCAAAAGACAGACGUCCAUGGGUCACUACAAGCCUAUGGAACAGCAGUGAGAAUAUUGAAGGAUAAAGUGCAGGCAGAUGUUCCGCCGGAGAUUCUAAACAACGUUGCAGCUCUUCACUUCAGGCUUGGGAGUCUUCAAGAAGCUAGGAAAUACUACGAGGCUGCGGUAGAGCGAGCACACAGUGAGUCGGAACACGAUGAAGCCUACUACAGCGCCAUCUCUGUGACGAUGACCUACAACCUAGCGCGUCUGCACGAGGCAACGUUCCACUACGACGUGGCCGAGAGAAUGUACAAGAACAUUCUGCGUGAACAUCCAAACUAUGUGGACUGCUACUUGCGGCUAGGCUGCAUGGCACGUGAUCGAGGUCAGAUCUAUGAGGCAUCUGAUUGGUUCAAAGAUGCCCUCCAGAUUAACCAGGACCAUCCAGAUGCCUGGUCACUGAUUGGGAGUUUACAUCUUGCCAAGAACGAGUGGGGUCCAGGUCAAAAGAAGUUUGAGCGUAUCAUUAACAAUCCAGACACGCAGAAUGAUGCUUACUCCCUCAUCGCUCUUGGCAACGUGUGGCUGCAGACUCUGCACCAACCUCACAGGGAUAAAGAUAAGGAGAAGCGUCACCAGGAUCGCGCCCUGGCAUUGUACAAGCAAGUCCUCCGUAAUGACCCACGCAAUAUCUGGGCAGCUAAUGGCAUAGGAGCCGUGCUGGCCCAGAAGGGCUGCAUCAACGAAGCUCGAGACGUGUUCGCGCAGGUCAGGGAGGCGACAGCUGACUUCUGCGAUGUCUGGCUCAACAUCGCACAUAUCUACGUUGAACAGAAGCAGUACGUCAGUGCUGUGCAGAUGUAUGAGAAUUGUCUGAAGAAGUUCUUCAAGCAUCACAACACAGAUGUGCUUCAGUACCUAGCCAGAGCCUACUACAGGUGUGGCAAGAUGUCUGAGUGCAAGCAGUCAUUGCUCAAGGCUCGUCAUGUCUCACCCAGCGACUCGGUGCUACUCUACAAUCUGUCUCUCGUCAUGCAGAAGUUGGCCAUGCACACUUUGAAGGAUGAGAAGAGCAGUCUGAAGACUGUGUUAGGGGCAGUGCGUGAGCUGGAGCUUGCUCGUGGAUAUUUCCAGUAUCUGAGUCAUCACGGUGACCGUAUGAAGUUUGACCUGGCCUGGGCGGCGAGGGAAGCCCGGCAGUGUUCCGACCUGCUCAGCCAGGCUCAGUACCACGUUGCCAGAGCUCGCAGGUUGGACGGGGAAGAAAGGGAACAGCGUCGCAAACAGGAGGAAGAAAGACAGGCGCUGCGCCACAAACAGAUGGAGCUUAAGAGACAAGUUGUUGAGCAGCAGCAGAGGCAGCAGGAGGAGACGUUGCAGAAGAGAGCUGAUUACAUUGAAAAAACUAAGAAGCUGCUUGAGACUGUAGAGAUUCCCACAGAAGAAAAAAGAGGACGCAAGAGCAAGAAACGUCGAGAUGCUGAUGGGUUCGUGACUGACAGCAGUGAGGGACUGGAUGACGAUGGACCGAAGAAAAAGCGGAGACGAGAGGAGGGUGACGAAAGAAGGAAAAGGAAAACAAAGAAGCGACCUCGCAGGGGGGAGGCCGGAGGUGGAGAUAGUGACGAUGAAGGAGAUUCAGAAGGGAAAGGAAAGAGACGCAGGGCUCGUGGCCGUGGAGGCAAGGCUAAGAAGCCUGUCAAAUCAGAUGAGGAUGGUCUCACUGCUAAGCAACGUAGGAAGAUCGUCUCCAAAGCCACGGUCUCAUCUAGUGAUUCAGACUCUGACACAGGCGCGCUCAAAAUUGCUGCGAACGUCGGCUCGGCGGCUAGCUCUCGCUCCAGUUCCCCGAGCGGCAGCUCAGACAAGGAGGAAGCUGCGAGAAAGAAGCCAGCCGGAAAGAAGACUCGCAUCAUGGUAGCCAGCGAGAGCGGAAGCGAGGCGGAGCACGCUCGCCGAAAGUCGGGCUCCGACUCGGAACGCUCCCGACGGUCCGACAGAGGAUCGGCCGGAGCUUCCGGAAGCGAUCGACGUUCCGGAAGAGGGUCGGGUUCAGCGAAUUCCGGAAGCGAGUCCGAAGCCGGAUCCAGGAAGCGUCAGGAAGGCAGGCGCCGAUCCGGGAGUGAGGAUGAAGGCAAAGUGGGAUCUGGGAGUGAGGAGAAUUCCCGGCGUGGGUCGGACAGUGAGCGUUCGGGGAACGAGUCGGGUAGUGGUGGCGGUUCGCCGAGAAGGCAGUCGGGGAGCGGGUCUGAAGGAGGAGGAGGAGGAGGAGGAGGAGGAGGCGGAGGAGGAGGAAGAUCUGAUAGUGGCUCCAGUCGUGCGGGAAGCCCCGGAGGUAGCCCGGCAGGUGCUGCCUCUGGUGGUGCAUCGAUGAGUGGUUCUGAGAGUGAGUAAGCGGGAGAUUGGUACCUUCUGACUGAAACACGAUAGUUUUCAUCGUAUCACGACCUGGUAUUUUGGUCGUAACCACAAUGCUGAUAACUGACUGAACACACCUGUUGUGUAAUUUUCAUCGACAGCUACUGCAGAGGCCUAUAUGUACAUUCAGGAGUAUUUUUCGAGUUAUCACGUAACAGUCUCUGUCAGUUAAAAUACAGAUGGGGAAAAAGCUAGAGUUCUCAUGCUUGUUUAUCAGGCUGUCAUGGAUGCUUGCUUGUACAGGUUGAUUCAGUAGGUUUUUUGAUUUGUAUAUACGUUGUAAGUGUAACGCAAAAGGCGUCGGUUCUAUAGCAUGUCCAUAUAGCAUGUCCAUCAUUAUAUUCGUCGUGACUGUCUUGUUAUUUGGAAGCCAUUAAUGUAGUGAGCGGGUUGGAUGACCUAGUGACCUAGCUCUAACAUACAUCACAGUACAUCCACAUCCACAUACAUGCAGCUUUACGUCAACUCACGAGCUGAAAUGUUUUUCGCAUAACGAUAACUGAUUCACAGGCUCCACCUAUUUUUUAUUCCUCGUAGUGUGUAUAGGUAUUUUGUAAAAAGCACAAAAAAAAGUUGCAAAAACGCGAGUGAUGCCAUAUGAGCCAUAUGUGCAAUAGCACACAUGCUUAGUUUUGAGGAAAAAUAAAAUCUUACUAUAAUAUCUUGCUAAUUUCAUUAUUUUAUUUGCGGCGUCACUUGCGAUCUCUAAUUAAACAUUUCUAUCACACACUCAGGUAUGUUGGUUACACUAUGUCAAUAAAGUAUAUCAUGUAUGGA